AUGUGUCUGGAGGUUUCUGGUGAGCGGAAGUCUGCGGCCGAAAAUUCAAAAGUCCUGCCGAGAACUCAAAAACACUCCAUCUUGAUCCACUACCAAAACAUCCCCUCCGCGGCUGCAGACCUGCAAUUGGAGGGUCUUGCGAGUUAUAAACGGACGAUGGUUCUGUAUCCAUUAUUCCGCCAGAGGGCGGCCGUUGGUGGUGCUGUAAUGCUCUUUGCUGGCGGGUUUGCUGCAUAUCCAGGACGAACGCUAUCUGCAGAGGCGCCAUCUCACUUAUCGCGCCAGAGGAAACCGAUUUAUGACGACGACAACGAUACUCCCCAAUCCCAGGACCUAAAACUCAUUCCAGCCACACCAGCUCAAACGGCCUCUUCACCAUCCCUUAUUCCAGCGGCUCCGAAUAACUCUGACUACGAAUCCCCCACAGAUAGAUUGGCUAGGCAGAUCCGCCAUGCCCGUCUUUUUCUCUACACCCACUCUCUUGCUGCCGAGAAUGCUUUCAAUGACGCUCUCACUCGCACACUGAACGCCGAAUCGAGGUUUACCAGUACGAUAGCGUCUUUGGCACCUUCGCGUGAGUCAGGGGAACGCCUUCUUCCUGGGAGCAUCUAUGUCCUUGUAACGGCGAUGGCUGGGUCGAUUAUCUCGCGGAACCGUGGCAUCCUACUUCGGACCGCUACUCCGGUGGCUGCAGGUACAAUUGCUGCGUGGACACUGUUACCCGUCACAAUGCGUAAUAUCUCGGAUUUUGUAUGGGAAUAUGAGAAGAAAUUUCCUGCCGUUGCAGAACAGCAUGUGAAAAUUCGCGCUGCAGCAGAGGAGUCCUGGAACCAAGCCGUUGCCCACCGUGGUUACGCCAGAACAUGGCUGGAGGACAAAGUCGGUGAAGGCCGAGAAACGCUGGAGGCAUGGAUAAGCAAAGGAAAAUAG